CCGCAGCGCUGCCGUGCGGACGCGAGUGUGACGAACCGGCAAAACUUUGCAACUCGUGAUUAUUGUUCUUAUGUGCACAAACUGGAUUUUUGUGAAAUGUUGAUCGAUUGGAAACACCACAAUUUUUAUAUGGUGUGAUGGCGCCGCCUAGCAAGGCCAUGGAGUGGAACAGCUCGUUUGACAUGCUGAUGGCAAAUGUCACGAAUGCAUCCGACUCGCGGAGCUAUGCUUACGCUGAGCCGGACUCCCUGGACCUUUUGGUCCCGCUCAGCGUCACUUACAUCAUCAUCUUCGUGGCCGGCAUCCUCGGGAACAUCAGCACAUGCGUGGUGAUUGCAAGGAAUCGAUCCAUGCACACCGCCACAAACUUCUACCUCUUCAGUCUGGCCAUAUCGGACCUCCUACUCCUCGUGUGUGGUCUUCCGAUCGAGUUCCACCGAAUGUGGAACCCGUCCACAUACCCGCUCGGCGAAGCUCACUGCAUAGCGCUGGGGCUCGCGUCAGAAACGUCAGCGAACGCGACCGUUCUGACAAUCACGGCCUUCACCGUCGAGCGAUACAUCGCCAUAUGUCGUCCGUUCAUGUCACACACCAUGUCAAAGCUGUCACGCGCUGUCCGUUUCAUCGUCGCGAUAUGGGUGUGUGCUCUGUGCACCGCGAUCCCGCAGGCCAUGCAGUUUGGCAUAGUGACACAAAUAGACAACGGGCAAACAACUAUAGUGUGUACUGUGAAGGGUCAGGGAGUGCAUCAAGUGUUUAUUAUAUCUAGUUUUAUAUUUUUUGUGGUGCCUAUGUCUGUGAUUUGUGUGUUGUAUGCGUUGAUAGGGAUUAAGUUGCGUACAUCGCGGGUUUUGCACCCGAUUAAGAAGCUUUCAAUGGAGAGCAGCGAGCGAUGCAGCAUGAGCACGCGCUACAGAAGCGGCACCUCGCAGCGAAGAGUCAUUAGGAUGUUAGUGGCAGUAGCGCUGUCAUUUUUCGUGUGCUGGGCGCCUUUCCACGUGCAGCGACUUCUCGCCAUCUACGGGAAGAGCAUGGAGAGGCCUUCAGAAACUUUUUAUCUGGUGUACAUAGUGCUGACGUUUCUAUCUGGGGUGCUGUACUUCCUGUCCACCGCCAUCAACCCCAUCCUCUACAACAUCAUGUCGAACAAAUUCAGAAAUGCGUUCAAGAUGACACUAACGAACUGGUGCGGACGGAGUAGCGCUCCCCGCGUGGGACGGACGUACAGCGCGUUGCUAGCGUCGCAGCGACAACGCAACGGCAUCGCCAACUCCGAGCCGGGGAUGCGGCGCCUGCGCCGACUGUCCACCGCUACCACGCAGCUGUGCGACGCGCCGCCCAGAGCCAAGUGCUUCAAUGGUCGUGAGCUGCCAGCCGUGAGCGAGUCUCCGAGCGGGAACAGCUGGGCGCGCGCCUGGCGCCUCCGCCUCAACGAACCUUCGGACUCCGCCGCUUCCCCACCCAGCAUCUCCAAUUCCAGCCUCAGGGACGUCGACGAGGAACUCACGGGCGAAGAACUAGCCACCUACAUGUACCAGGUCAACUGCAACCUAGGCAAACUCACCUGAGUCACGAGCGUGUAACUGCUGACGCAGUUCGGACCAUAUCUGAAGGCUGAUAAAGUGCACUUUAGAAGUCACUAGUUAUCGUGGUAGAGUAGUUCAGUGGUUCUCGCUUUACGGGUCGAAUUUAAUUAAGAUUGAAAUGUGAAGUCAAUAGAUCAAAACAAUAAAAUAAUGCUUAUAGAACUCUGUGUUGUCUUUAACUGCCAAGAAACGAGAUAAGUAACAGAACAUCUAUUGUUUUGGGUCACCGGUGCCUCGUGGCACUAAGACAAUAAGAUGGAAAAUUAUUUCGUUACAUUGUAAACGAUUUUUGUUCCAGUAUUUCAUUUGAGUAAAAGCACAAUUAUGUAUUAUUUUAUUUGCACACCUGUGAAGUUAUAACAUUAUAAUGUUUCAUGUUUCCUACGCAUUUUAAUGCUAGAAUGUAACAAAAUGUUUUAUUAUUGAGAUUUCUUUGGACUCUGCGUCAGGUUUACCGGUGAAUUGGGUAAAGAGCUUAUUACAAAAAGUCUGUAAUUUUAUUACAACAAAACAAUUUGGCAGGCCUAAAUGAUGUUUCAUUAUUUGUUGAAUUUAUGAAAGGACUUGUUUGCCGUAUUUUGUUUCGAUGUCUGUUUGCGUAGAACUGAAUCAAAAUGUUACUGUGAAAAUAGUGUUGUAAUAAAAUUUUACUGCACUAGAAAAAAACACAUCCAUAAAGCCAUGCUUUCAAACAAUAAAUUAUAAUACAAUUGAACGUUGACUUAUUUGUAAGAAUUUUGAUGGUGUAAAUAAUGUACAAUUGAAAAAUGUGAUGUAAAUACUUAGCUAGAAAUGUCGCAGUCAUAUUGAAAAAUCCAUUAGUGUCGUUGAUAGUUGAGUCAAAACAAAAAAAAAAUACAGUUACCGUUACCGUUUCUAUACUAACAUCGAGCAAUAAAAACAUUUGAAUUUUAAAGCUCUAUUUGGGACUUGUACUGAAAUAAAUGUGCAGACAUUUUAUGGUUUUUACCAGCGUUGCCAGUUUUUUUUUUCGCCAAGUCGGGACUUUGGUACUUUUUGAGUGAAAAUAGCGGGAUUCUUCCGUCAGAAGCGGGACAUAGUAAAAAAACGUAUACAAUCAAAGGUUUUCAAAUAUUUAUCCUUUUAUUUGACUUAAAAUUACGUUUACGUGACAAUAGAUAGCAAAAGUAGCCAUAGAAAAUGUAUUUUAACAAAAAAAUAAUAUUUUAAAUCAGAUUUACUCUAUCGUUAAAUUCGUCUUUACAAUAAAAAAAGAAAAAAAACAAAAAUCGAAAUAAAAAAAUUAUUCUUUAGAAUAAUAUGGAGUUUCAAACAAUAGUCUGGUGAAGUGAGUGUCUCUCUCCGAAAAGCGGGACAGAGCCUGUCCCGCGCGGGACAUUUAAAUUUGAUUUAAAAAUCGGGACGUCCCGCCAAAAUCGGGACGUCUGGCAACGCUGGUUUUUACUGUGAAUAUAUUUUGAUGUCAACUGUACGCGUCGCGGAGCUUUUUAUGUAGGUACUAAGCACUAGCGAGUUAUUGGCUUUAUUGGAAAAGAACUAUGUCCCAGACUGGGGUCAACAUCCAAAUUACUGUCAGAUACACUUUUUUCAUUUAAAGUAAGAAUUACACUUAGUUUCAAAUAUUAUUUUGGUCCACCUUAGGAAUGCGAUUGGAGACCACUCAGAUGUCAAAAUAGAUUUAUAUUGACGUAAAGUCCUCCAGCGCAUUAAUGGUCAAUUUUAAGCCAAAUUAUAACUUUCAAGGUUUUUGUUUUCGUAUUAAAAUUUGUAUUUUUUAUUUGUGCUCAUGUAAUCCUUAAUUAAUUGGCUAUAAGCUAGUUUCCUGAGGGAAUUUGGCAACGUUUUAGCGAUUUAAUUAUUGUGUCCUUGGUCAAUAGGCCUGUCUCCAGGCUAGGACCCUAAGGCUGGGUUGCACCAUCUUACUUUAACUUUCACGAACGUCAAAAAUCUGUCAAACUCCAUACAAAAUACACCGGUUAUCGUUAUACUUACGGUCAAAGUUAGGUGGUGCAACUCAGCCUAAGUGAACCAAACAAAGUGAUUGCGUCCAAUCAAACUGUAAUGAAAUACGUACACGCGAGCCAUAGAGAGGAAAAAGUCUAAUAAAAAUGGAUAUUCUUAAUGCUACAAUGUCCGUAUGAUACAAUAAUAAAAUCUCAACAUUCACUAUUAUACUAAAUAGGUAGGAUAGUGUUAUAAUGUGUGACGGUAUUUGAUAGUCGAUUUGAAUGUGCCUGCGACAGCUAUUGACUUUUUAUUGUAUAAGUAUGUGCUAGGCACAGUAAGGUAAAUUAAGAUGAUACUAUAAUUAGGGUAAAGGUGUACAGAAAUAUUUAUUAUGUUAAUUACCGUGUUGUUGCUGUAAUGUAUGUAUAUAUUGAAACGUUAAUGUUGCUGAUAUUUGGAUACCAAUGUAGAGUUAUGUGCUCAUUUAAAGUGCAGGCCCCACCACGAACAGGCCAAGGUGAAUUAGUUGAUAUUAUUGCGCGGGUUUAUCAAAUUAUAUACCAGCUAGGUAGUUAACGUGUAAAUAUGCUGUGUUUAUUCAUUGCACAAUAAAAAAAAAGUUCAAAACACUUCGAGUCACAGACUCAUGUUUCAAAAGUACGAUUCGAAAAAGAUUUGAUUUCAAACUCAAGCAGAAACUGUGGUAAGUUAAUUUUCAAUAUUUGAACGAAUCUAUUGUAUAUUUUUGACUGUGACCUAAAUAAGUGUCGUAUAUUGAACAAUAAUAGGGAUAUAAGUAGGAUUAUGUUACGUAAGUUUUUCAAAAUGUAUCAUCGUUCCAAAAUGUUAAACAGGAGUUUGUCGAAACGCAAUUACUAUUUAUUUUAAAUGGUUUGAAGUAAUAAAACAUGUAGAUAAUAUGAAACGACACUGAAAUGUAUCUAAAUUUCGAGAAUAAAUUGGUAAAUAUUGACAUUUAAUCAAUCACAGUCUGAAUCUAUGCUUGAGUUUGAUCGAGUUUUGUGCGUCGUCUCAAUUUUGUCAAACACAUUCAAGUGAAAAUAGACCUUAUUCAGGUCACGUUUAGUUUUGCAAUCUUGGUAAUUUUUUGGUCGGCGAAUAUCAUUUUAAUUUAUCAAGACUUAUCUUGAAAAGUUUGCGAUGUGGCCUACACUUUAUUGCCUGUUAGGCACUGAAAAUUUGAUUUGAAUAUGAAUGAAAUGAAGGGCUCCAUUAGAGGAGACCCUAAAGGGUGAUGUUUAAGGGUGAUUAUUAUUCAUUUAUCUUAUGUAGAUUAGAGCUAUUCAAUGUCUGCAUUUUUUGCUAAAGUCUGCGGUUUGUUGUGAUCUACUUGUUAUCUAUACUUAUAAUAAAUCUGUAGAGAGGUCAAUUCUGUACAUGAAAUAUAUUUUCAAAAUAACUAUCAGGGGGUGAUUAGUGAUCGAUACUGAUGCCAAAAAUGCAAUCAGUAAAAUUUUUGUCUGUCUGUCUGUCUGUCUGUCUGUCUGUCUGUCUGUCUGUCUGUCUGUCUGUCUGUAUGUUCCUUAUAGAAACAAAAACUACUCGACGGAUUUUAACGAAACUUGGUACAAUUAUUCUUCAUACUCCUGGGCAGGUUAUAGGAUACUUAGGAAUUCCCACGGGAACGGGCAUUAGCGGGAAAAUCCUUUUGUAUGAAAAAUCUAAACCGCUUAAGUUAGACGCUUGAAAUUUGGCAAGCAGGUACCUUAGUAAACUUAAAGCUUAGUUAUAACAGGAUAUUGCAAAAUUCCUACGGGAACGGGAAUUAGCGAGAAAAAACAUUUGUAUGAAAAAAUCUAAGCCACGUAACAUAGACGCUUGAAAUUUGGCAUGCAGGUACCUUAAUAAACUUAAAGCUUAGUUACAACAGGAUAUUGCAAAAUUCCCACGGGAACUGGAAUUAGCGGGAAAUUCCUUUUGUAUGACUGACUCACUGACAUACCCACGCACAGCCUAAACGGCUAAACAUAGGCACUUGAAAUUUAUAAGGGACGUAGCUUAGGUACCGUAGAGGUGCACUAAGAAAAGAAUUCCCGAAAUUCCCACAGGAACAGGAAUUACCGGGAAAAUCCUUU